AUGUCGCAGCAACACAUUCUGCCAGUGACCCUGCCCCCAGUCCUCAGUGAGGAGCCCCUCAAGUCUGUUCCUUCUCCCGGUGAUAUCCAGCAGGAGCAAGUGAAGCAGCCAACUCCACUGACUGUCCCGUGCCAGCAGGUGCCCUGUGAGAUCCCAAGGGAGGUCCCCUUGGAAGAGGGGGAGAAACACACAACUCCUGUGAAAGGGGUGCCCGAGCAAGACUGUGAGCCCCAGCCCCAGGAGCUGCAGCAGCAGGAACAAAAGUCACAGGAGCAGGAACUGCACCUGGAACAGCAGCAGCAGCAAGAAUCACAGGAGCAGAAAGUGCAGCAGCAGCAGCAGGAACAGCAUGAGGACCAGAAAACAGAAAACUUGGAGCAGCAGCUGCAGGAAGAUAAAGCACAAAGGGAGCAGCAGCUAAAGGAACAGCUGGAAGAGGAGAAGAAGCCGCUGGACCAGCAACUGGAUCGAGAGCUGGCAAAGAGAGAUGAGCAAGUAGAAAAGAAAGAAGAGCAGCUGCUGGAGCCCCUGGGCCAGCAGGAGGAACAGCUGGAGCUGGCAGAGCAGCUGGAGCAACCUGCAUUCAUCCCAGCUCCUGGCCAGGUCCAAGAGACCCACCCAGCCCAGCCACUGAAGGGAGAAGCCCUGGCCCCUGCAGAGGAGCAGCAGCAGAAGCAGGAGGUGCAGUGGCCCACCAAACAUAAGUAA